CGUGUGCCAGGUCGCUAUAUAGUGGUGCUAAAUGAUGAGGGCGACGUGCACGGUAGUGUCAGGAGGCUGAGGAUGACUGCGGCCAGGAGAGGCCACCAAGUGGAGCUCCUCCGCACCUUCUUUUUCUCGGGAGCCCUACGAGGCUUCUUGAUCAAGAUGAGCAGCGAUGUCAUCCAACUGGCAAUGAUGCUCCCACACGUCCAAUAUGUGGAGGAGGAUUCCUUCAUCUUCGCUCAGAGCACCCCCUGGAACCUCCAAAAGUUACUGUGGCCUCACCAUGGCAGUACCUGGAAUAAUGCAACAUACAAUCCUCACAGUGAUGGCGGCUUAGUGGAGGUUUAUCUGAUGGAUGGUAGGAUACGGACUUCUCACAGAGACCUGCAAGGACGAGUGGUCACGACAGAUUUCGAUGGCAUACCUGAAGAAGAUGGAGUCAAAGUACAUCUCCAGGCCGGUCGGUGUACCAGUCAUGGUACUCACAUUGCGGGCGUGGUGGGUGGUGCAGACUCGGGCGUGGCCAGAGGUGUUGCCAUCCGCUUGGUACGGGUGCUCAACUGUCGUGGCAAGGGGUCUGUGUCUGGGGCGCUCGCAGGGUUGGAGUACAUCCGGGCGGCUUUACACGGGCGUCCAACUAUCGUGUUGCUGCCUCUUGCGGGUGCCUUAAGCCGCUCCUUGAACGCAGCUUGUAGGGAGGUGGUGGCAGGUGGCUCCGUGGUCGUGGCCGCAGCUGGAAACUACCGGGAUGAUGCUUGUCUCUACUCACCGGCAUCUGAACACGAGGUGAUCACCGUUGGGGCGGUGGACCACUGGGACAGGCUAGUGGCGCAAGGAGCGGGCGGCACCAACUUUGGGCCCUGCGUAGACUUGUUCGCACCCGGUGAUGACAUCAUCAGUGCUAGCGGCGAAUGUGAUACCUGCUUCGCGGCCCGCGGUGGAACCUCAGAGGCGGCGGCACAUGUGGCAGGCAUCGCGGCAGUGAUUUUGUCAUCCAGUAAGAAAGCGUCACCACUGCAGGUUCUGCACGCAAUGUUACGUGACGCCACAGGUGCCAGAGUAGACUUCCGCCCGCUUUUGGGAAUGUAUAGCCUUAGCACCCCUAACAUGGUGGCUGCCAUGCCUGCUCCAAUGAACAACAACACAAACGUGGGGCUUCUGUGUCGCUCGGUGUGGUCAGAGAGGCUCGGACCCUUCGUCACCAAGACAGUCAGUCGCUGCCGUCAGGGGGAGCUGAUGAUGGGAUGCAGUAGCUACCACCCACACGGAAGAAGACCAGGCCAAACCAUUCACGCUCUGAAUGCAGGGUGUCCAAACCACAUGUUCACCCAUUAUGUCCUCUGGGCUGGACCCGGACCGAGUGGCGGCCGCUUGUUGGGGGCGACGCCGAGAGGGUUGACACUGACGGGGUGA